AUGUCAUACAUAUCGUCCUUAAAUCUGCUCAACGCAGAUUCACCUGCUCCGAUCAACGAAGAAGUAUUUCAGGAAGAAUUAGCUUUAUGGGCAAAUGCUCAGUUCAGUUUUGAUACCACUCCAGGCUCUGCCUUAGUUGGUGAAGACGACAAGAAGGAUGAAAAUCUGUUCCAAACAUUUACCAAAUUGACCCAACUUAUUCAGCCCAAUGUCAUGCCACAGCCAUCAAUUGGAUACUACAACCACAACAUGUCUCCUGUACCUGCAUCUAAUCUGCCUCGUAUUGCACCUGCUCCUGGACCUCCAAGCGGCAUCCAGUUAUUGGAAUCCAACAGCAAGAAGCGUCCUUAUGAAGACGAGUCUGAUUUAAGUGUAGAUGAUGACAAGAGACGCAGAAACACAGCUGCUUCUGCUAGAUUCCGUAUGAAGAAGAAGCUCCGUGAGCAAGCAUUGGAAAAGACAACCAAGGAAAUGGCCGAGAAUGUUGAGAAACUCGAAUCCAAAGUCAAAGAACUCGAAAUGGAAGCAAAGUGGCUCCGUGCCCUUGUUAUUGAGAAAGACCCUAAUCUUUUAUCCAAGCAAGAACAAGCUGACGAUGAAGCAGAGGAUGCCACUCAAGAACAAGACAACUAA